ACCCAAAUCAAUUCAAAACACUGCAACCCCCCACACAUGGUGACAGAGACUCAAAAUCGAACGGUGCUUCAGUAGCGAGCAAAUGUCAUCGUCCCCGUACAUGGAGUCCCUAGUACUUAAACUCCACGAGAUCUCCGCUGUGAAGUUCGGCAACUUCAAGCUCAAGUCCGGCAUUUCCUCCCCCGUCUACAUCGACCUCCGCCUCAUCGUCUCCUACCCAGUCCUCCUCUCCCAAAUCUCCCAAACCCUCAUCUCCUCCCUCCCUCCCUCCACCAGCUACGAUGUCGUCUGCGGCGUCCCCUACACCGCCCUCCCCAUCGCCACCUGCGUCUCAGUCUCCCGCCGUGUCCCCAUGCUCAUGCGCCGCAAGGAGGUCAAGGACUACGGCACUGCCAAGUCCAUCGAGGGCGUCUUCGCCAAGGACCAGACCUGCCUCAUCAUCGAGGACCUUGUCACCAGCGGCACCUCCGUGCUCCAGACCGCCGAGCCCUUACGCGCUGCCGGGCUGAAAGUCCAGGACGCCGUCGUUUUGAUCGAUCGGGAGCAGGGUGGGAGGGAGAAUCUGGAGGAUAAGGGGAUUAAGCUCCACGCAAUGAUUAAGCUGACGGAGAUGGUGAGGAUCCUGAGGGAGAAGGGGAAGGUGGGGGAGGAGAUGGAGAGAGUGGUCGUGAAGUUCUUGGAGGAGAAUAAGAUGGUGGCGAUGCAGAAGUCGGUUACCACUAGGGAUUUGGGGUUUGGAGAGAGGGCCAAGCUAGCCAAGAAUCCCACGGGGAAGAGGCUGUUUGAAUUGAUGGUGGUGAAGGAGAGCAAUCUUUGUCUGGCUGCUGAUGUUGGGACCGCCAAGGAGUUGCUGGACUUGGCCGAGAAGGUUGGCCCAGAGAUAUGCAUGUUGAAAACCCAUGUGGAUAUUUUGCCGGACUUCACCCCUGAAUUUGGUUCUAAACUUCGUUGGAUUGCUGAUAAAUAUAAUUUCUUAAUCUUUGAAGACCGUAAGUUUGCUGACAUCGGUAACACGGUGACGAUGCAGUAUGAAGGUGGGAUCUUUCAUAUAUUGGAUUGGGCUGAUAUAGUUAAUGCUCACGUAAUUUCUGGUCCUGGAAUUGUUGAUGGACUAAAGUUGAAGGGUUUGCCUCGUGGUAGGGGCCUGUUAUUGCUCGCCGAAAUGAGCUCAGCUGGUAAUCUUGCCAAGGGAGACUAUACAGCUGCAGCUUUAAAAAUCGCACACGAUCACUCUGAUUUCGUGAUUGGCUUGAUCUCGGUUAAUCCAGCAUCAUGGCCUGGGGAACCUAUAAAUCCAGCAUUCAUUCAGGCCACCCCCGGAGUUCAAAUGGUCACUGGUGGUGAUGCACUUGGCCAGCAAUACAACACCCCAUAUUCCGUUAUCUAUGAUAGAGGUAGUGACAUAAUAAUCGUGGGCCGUGGAAUUAUAAAGGCGGCAAACCCCGCCGAGGCAGCUCGUGAAUACCGUCUGCAAGGAUGGGAUGCAUACUUGUUGAAAUGCACCUAAGACUGUAUGUAGGUCUGGUUCCCGGGUUUGCUUCCGCUUGUAUGAUUUUUGAUUUAAUGGAUGAGUGAACACCUCGCGUGAAUGGAAACCUUGGGUGCCAUGUACUUUUAAUGAGUACGUAUUUUUGUCCACCCAAGCUUUAGUGUGAUUGGAUAUUAUAUUAAAUAUAAGAUAAAAAAUAGUAUUUCUCAAA